ACAUUAGACACAAAACAUUUUGAUUUCUGCCACAGUUUUUUUUCCAGGGAAAGAUUUUAUCCUGCACUUGUCGAGACAAAAUGAGUGACUGUGAAAACACGGAUGAAAAACAUGGACGGAAUAUGAGAGGACAAGGUGAUUUUGAUGAGGAGGGUGGUCCUGGUGGUCGAGGCGGUCAUCGUGGCGGUCAUCGUGGUGGUCCUGGCGGUCCUGGCGGUCAUGGCGGUCAUGGCGGUCAUGGCGACUUUGGUGGCCGUGGUGGCCGUGGCGGCCGUGGCGGUCCUGGCGGCCGUGGUGGCCGUGGUGGUCAUGCUGGUCAUGGCGGUCAUUGUGGUGACGAUGAAUGAUGAAAAAUCCUUUAAUCUCCUUUCUGACAUAAUGACUGUAAAGAAUACAGUACAUCUCCAAUAAACUAAUACAGAAAAA